UUUUGUAUCGUGCCGGGAACCGGCCCAAAUGAGGUGGGUUGAGGGGCGGUGAAUCUACCAUGGCAGGCUGGACACUCCGGGAUCACCAGAUGCGCUGACCUGCGUCAAGCGUUUGGUGGGAGCAUUUUUGAGUCAUCCCGCUCCCAAAAUUUCGGGCCCUGCGCCGUUAUUUUUAUUUAUCCCACGCUCAACGCCGCCCACACUUUUUCCAGACCUUGCAUACAGUCAUACUCUCUAAAUCUGAAGGCUUCUGUACGGGAGCUCGUGGGCAGUCAUGUGUGGUAUAUUUGCGUGCCAUGGCCAUCCGUCAAUAGCCACCUUCAAAACCCAAGCACUCCAGUGCGUAAAGUGCCUCCGACAUCGUGGCCCGGAUUGGUCGGGCAACUGGGUGGGAAACAACACAAUCCUCUGCCAUGAACGGCUAAGUAUCGUGGGCGUGGACACUGGCGCACAGCCUUUGGUCAACGAUGAAGGAACCAUUGCUUUGGCUGUCAACGGAGAAAUCUACAACCACCGAAUCCUGCGCAAACAUUUGGACACUCCCUACAACUUCAAAACGCAUAGUGACUGCGAGGUCAUUAUUCCGCUGUAUCAACAGUUCGGCAUAGAUGCCCCCAACCAGCUGGACGGCAUGUUCUCAUUCGUUCUGCACGACAAGAAGAAUGACCGUACGAUUGCUGCACGAGAUCCCAUCGGUAUUACCUCCUUCUACCUUGGCCGCUCGAGCACAACACCAGGAGCUGCAUACUUUGCCUCUGAACUGAAAGCACUGGCACCAGUGUGCGACAACAUCAUUGCAUUCCCGCCGGGUCACGUGUACGAUUCGAAGACAGACACACUCACUCGGUAUUUUCAGCCCUCGUGGUGGGAUCCCACCAAAGUACCCGACACGCCCAUCGACUACAAGCUGCUCAGAAAGACGCUGGAAAAGUCGGUGCUGAAGCGACUCAUGGCUGAAGUGCCCUACGGUGUCCUCCUAUCCGGUGGUCUUGACUCGAGUUUGACGGCCUCUAUUGCGCAGCGGGAAUCUCUUCGUCAAAGAGCAGUCAUCAACGCUCAAACCAACGGCGCGUCCAGCGAGAUCAACGGCGAUACACCCCAGACAGGCUCCAAGCUUGUGGGGAUCGACGAUGAAGAAGAGUUGACCACGGUCACCUUCCUGCCACAACUGCACUCUUUCUCGAUUGGUCUCCCGGGCGCCCCCGAUACCAAAGCAGCCCUUGAAGUGGCCAAAUUCCUCGGUACCAAGCACCACGAUUUGACCUUCACCAUUCAGGAAGGCUUGGAUGCUUUAUCCGACGUCAUCUAUCACCUCGAGUCCUACGACGUGACCACCAUCCGCGCAUCCACGCCAAUGUACCUUCUCAGUCGAAAGAUCAAAGCGAUGGGUGUCAAAAUGGUGCUCAGUGGCGAAGGCAGUGAUGAAAUCUUCGGCGGUUAUCUGUAUUUUCACGCGGCUCCAAACAAGGAAGAAUUCCACAAGGAAACCGUUCGCAGAGUCAAGAACCUGCAUUUGUCCGACUGUCUGCGAGCAAACAAGUCGACGUCAGCAUGGGGUCUUGAGGCUCGUGUGCCUUUCCUCGACAAGCAAUUUUUGGAAGUGGCCAUGAAUAUUGACCCCGCAGAGAAAAUGAUUACCAAAGAUAGAAUCGAGAAGUACAUCAUCCGAAAGGCCUUCGACACAACCGACGAGCCAGAUGUUAAGCCGUAUCUGCCAGACAACAUCUUGUGGCGGCAGAAGGAGCAAUUCAGUGAUGGUGUCGGAUAUGGCUGGAUUGACGCCUUGAAGGACAACGCUGAGCUCAACGUGACGGACGAAAUGAUGAAGAACCCCAAACCAGAAUGGGGCGACGACAUUCCCGAUUCCAAAGAGGCCUACUGGUAUCGCACAAUGUUCGACCAACACUUCCCGCCAUACUGCGCAUCCACGGUCAUGCGGUGGACGCCGACGUGGUCGAAACAAACAGACCCAAGUGGAAGAGCGAUCGCAACACAUCUUGCGAAGUAUGAAAGCGGGAAGGAAUCAUGAUCACUGCUUUGUCAAUCCGAUAACCAUCGUUGGCUGGCGUCCGGGGGCAUAUUCGAGAGCCAUGUACGGGGAAGCUUGCGGCCAUCUCUGGCGUGGCAGAUAGCGUUGUCGUAUAUGUGUUGGGUGAACAAAACCGUCAAAUGGUUCCAUAGGUCACACUUGAGUAUGUACAUCCGCAAUGUAAACACUUGUGUAUGCAUCAAUGCUAUCGGUCCGCAUCUGUGUCAUUUCGCUUGUGCUUCGUAGAAGCACGCCGAAGAACGCGUCAAGAUGACAUAGGGGGCAGCUUUGCCGAAGAAAU